AUGCAUUCCCAAUUCCUUUUGGUUCCAAGUCCAGUGUUGCAACUCUCAAGGAUCAGCUGAUUCAUAAUCUUCUAAAACAACAACAGAUCCCCCCCAUUAACAUUACAUUUGUUGGGGUUAGUGCUGUUGGCAUGGUCUGUGCCAUCAGUAUCUUGAUGAAGGACUUGGCAGAUGAACUUGCUCUUGUUGAUGUCAUGGAAGACAAAUUGAAGGGAGAGAUGACGGAUCUCCAACAUGGCAGCCUUUUCCUUAGAACACCAAAGAUUAUCUCUGGCAAAGACCAUAAUGUAACUGCAAACUCCAAGCUGGUCAUUAUCACGUCUGGGGCACGUCAGCAAGAGGGAGAAAGCCAUCUUAAUUUGGACCAGCAUAACAUGAACAUCUUUAAAUUCAUCAUUCCUAAUGUUGUAAAAUACAGCCCAAACUGCAAGUUGCUUAUUGUUUCAAAUCCAGUGAAUAUCUUGACCUAUGUGGCUUGGAAGAUAAGUGGCUUUCCCAAAAAACGUGUUAUUGGAAGUGGUUGCAAUCUGGAUUCAGCCGAAUUCCGUUACCUGAUGGGGGAGCUGGGAGUUCACCCAUUAAGCUGUCAUGGGCGGGUCCUUGGGGAACAUGGAGAUCCUAGUGUGCCUUUAUGGAAUGGAGUGAAUGUUGCUGGUGUCUCCCUGAAGACUCUGCACUCACAUUUAGGGACUGAUACAGAUAAGGAACAGUGGAAAGAGGUUCACAAGCAGGUGGUUGAGAGUCCUUACAAGGUGAUCAAACUGAAAGGCUACACAUCCUGGGCCAUUGGACUCUCUGUGGCAGAUUUGGCAGAGAGUAUAAUGAAGAAUCUCAGGCGGGUACACCCAAUUUCCACCAUGAUUAAGGGUUUCUAUGGAAUAAAGGAUGAUGUCUUCCUUAGUGUUGCUUGCAUCUUGGUACAGAAUGCAAUCUCAGACCUUGUGAAGGUGACUCUGACUCCUAAGGAAGAGGCCCGUUUGAAAAAGUAUACAGAUACACUUUGGGGGAUCCAAAAAGAGUUGCAUUACAAGGUCAUUCACCCGAAGAAGAACCCAGGAAUCCUGGGGCUGCCAAUAUACAUGAGACCACUGUAUGCAGGCCCUAAGCUCUGGCUAGAGUCCUCUCUUAUAGGCCAGAAGGGAAGGAAGUAUGUGGGGCAAAUGAUGGAAGGUGGUCAAAUGUUAAAAGGCUUUCCUCUCCAGGAGCCUGGCAAGCCAAGCCUGCCUUCCGCGGGGCAACAGCGCGAGGCAUUACCCCUAGAGACCACUUGA